AUGAAAAGUCUGCCACUGCUGGUAUGCAUCUGUGCACUGAGUGCUAGCUUCUCACUCAGUGAAGGUCAAAAACAGCAACGGAAAAUAUAUCACAAGAAGAAUAGUGUCCGUCAAUAUAUAUUAGACCACCGCUCACCAUUUCAUCCUCAAUUUCGACCUGAUAGGAAACUAUUAAUUCAAAAGCAUUUCCUUUUUAAUCAGCCCCGAAAGCCUUCAAAUUCAAUAAGGAAAUACUACACAUUGCCAGAAUAUUUGAGGCCACCUAAGUAUCCAAUUAAAAAUAACACCGUGGUCAACAAUAAUACCUCAGAGGCUACCACCCAAAUCCCAUCUGUGAGUCCCACAUCUACUUCCUCCAAAAAUGUUCUCUCUCCAGGUGUGAUACCUUUUGUUCAGAAUGCUACCACGACAUCUGCAAGAGAGAAUAAUGUCACCACAGGCUCUUCUGCAGCUACACCAGCACCACAAUCUUCUCCAGCUCCACCAGAGACCACAGCUGCCCCAACUACAUCUUCCCCGGCUACAACAGCACCACAAACUCCCUCAGUUUCGGUGGAGACCACAGAUACUCCAGCUACAGUUCCCCCAGCUACACCAGCACCACAAUCUUCUCCAGCUCUGUCAGAGACCCCAGCUGCCCCAACUACAUCUUCCUCAGCUACACCAGCACCACAACCUUCCCCAGCUUCACUGGAGACCACAGCUGCCCCAAAUACUACACUUAAUCCUUCCCCAACCACUCUUGCACCUGAAACUUCCCAAACUACAGCUGCACCCACAACCCAAACUCCUACUCCAGCCACUACUCAAACGACUGCUGUUGAACAACCAACUUCAUCUUCCCCACAAAAUACACUUCCUCAAUUCUGGUUAGCUAUUAGUAAGCUAUGGGAGCUAUUUUUGCAUAUUAUACAGCAGCAAUAG